GCUUUUUGCAGUAAAUACUGUGUUUUUCAGAGAAAAUGCAGUUUACAUUACAGCCUAGGGAUACCUCCACUGGCCACUCCUCAGAUGGCUACUAUAGGUGCUUCCUGUGGUAGUGCUGACAUUCAGUGUCUCCACCCUCUGCAUGGAGACACCGAACUUUCCUCAUAGAGAUGCAUUGAUUCAAUGUAUCUCUAUGAAGAGAUGCUGAUUGACCAGGGCUGUGUUUGGCUUGUGCUGGCUGUGCCCCUGAUUAGCCUGCUUGACAGUCUCAGCCAAUUAAAUGGUUUUGCUUUCUUAUGGAACAAACAUUUGAUUGGCUUUGAUCAAUACUUCUGAUGAUGCCAUCCAUAUAGACAGAUAAAGGGCAGAGACUGAAAGAAAAAAAAGAAAAUGGGUCUCAUCCAAGUAUAUAAUUCUCAAAAUAAGGGCCUAACCCUAAUAUGUAUAAACAGUGGAAAGUCCCUAAAAAGAAACCCCAAAAAUUGGGGAACCCCUUAAAAUGAGAGUAUAAUCUGUGUAAAUGAUUGCUCUGUACUUGGGGUAUUAGUUGUUAGUAAUAAAAGAAUAAUCAUAUAUUUCAAAAACAUUCUAUUAAACCUUGGGUAAGCAUGUACCGGGAGAGACAAUAUAUUUAAUAUAAUACCACAUACAUACUCACAAUGCAAUUAAUUAUGGGACAUUUUUAACCCCUUCAGCAACUUGGGAUGGGGCGCUAGAGGGUCCUGUAGUGCCAGGAAAACGAAUAUGUUUUCCUGGCACUGGAGAAUCCCUUUAACAUCCAUAGGUUAGAUCUUGAAAAAAACAAGCAAACAGAUUAAAGGUCAUUCUGAAUUGAUCAUACUAAAGUGCAACCACAUUCCUAUAUAAGAUGCCACUGCAGGACAUUUUUGAAAGCAGUAAUAUCCAGAAAAAACAAAAUGGUAAGUGCAGUAUGUCCUGUUUUGCAAAAAAAGCAAUAUUUUUUCCUGACAUCUUUCAUUUAUUAAACUAGGUGCUGCUUUUUUUUAGUAUAUAUUUCUAAUUAGAAUAGCUUGGCUCUUGUUUGACUUGGAUUUUUUAUUAAAAUGUAGGGUACAUUCUCAGCUUUUUAAAUAUUAUUAUUAUUAUUUAUAUAGCGCCAUCUGAUUCUGUAGCGCUGUACAAUGGGAUACAUGUUAUGGAGAAUUGCGCUUUACCCAUAUAAUUCCUAAUGUUAAGACAAGUUAACACGCAAAUUAACAUGGCUAUUGGUACUAUCAAAGAGUCUCUUUGGUGAACUAGGUUUCAUUUAAAAAUUCCUGAAAAAGGGCUAUUUUAUUGUAACCAUAUAUGUAUUAUCUUUUUUUUAUGUUUAUUGUUUUCUUUCUUUUUUUUUUUAACAAUGUUUAGCAUUGAGUAAAAAUAAAAAAAGUGUGCUGUGUCUUUAAAUCUUUAAAGUAAAAAAUGCAAUACUUAUUUUGUGCAAAAUUGCAAUGAAGUGCAGCAAUUAAAGUGCAACUGAUAAUGCUUUAUACAACACUUUCAAAAAAAAAAUAUUAGUGCCACACAAGUGUAAAGUGCACCGUGUAAUACAGUGUAGAAGAAAGGAAAUAUUUAAAAUUACCACAACUUUCAGAAUGUUAAUUUUCAAACCACUCAAAGAGGUAAAACGAUAUCCAUACACAUGUACAUGAUAAAAAAGGGGGGAAAUAUAUAGUGUGAUAUUGUUAUAACACUGUUAUAAAUAUAUAAAAAAUUAGAGACACACACGCACAAGUGUAGGGUCAGCUCUAACUAUAAAGUAUCCAAACAAUGAUCCCAUAGGAGAUGUAGGCAGAAAACUGGUUGUAGGCUGGUGUAGAUGUAGAACAAAUCUUUACUUCACACAACCUUAAAAAUAUAGCAGCAGGCAAAGUAGAAUUUUCCCCAAAUUUGGCUUCUACCCUACCGAAACCAAUUAAGAACCUUGUUCGGUCAGUAAGAAAGGAAGUGGGUCUACUUUGCCUGCUGCUAUAUUUGUAAUACUGCACUGAUAAACCACCUUACGUUUAUUUAUUUAUACUUUGCAGAAGUUUAUUUUGGCUACAAUAUUCGCCUUUGGCAUUUUGGUGACAAUAUGCAAUGCUGGCUGCUUCACAAAAUUGAACAAGCCAUCACUUGAUGGUGAUGAACCCAAGGGUAAGUACGGUUAUGUCAGCUGUCACAUUUUCCAAACCAUAACUGCUUUCUCUUAUACUGUUUAUUCCCAUAAAUAAAAGUAUAAUAAGUAAAACAACAUAUAGCUGUGAAAUAAAUUAGUUUCCAUAUGAGUAUAUCAUAUUUGUGAUACUAUAAUUCUGUUACAUUCACGCUCAAAAGAGCUAUAAAAGAAUUGUCCUGGCUUAGAAAUAUGUUUGAUGUUUAAAGGACCACUAUAGUGCCAGGAAAACAUACUCGUUUUCCUGGCACUAUAGUGCCCUGAGGGUGCCCCCACCCUCAGGGACCCCCUCCCGCCCGGCUCUGGAAGGGGAAAAGGGGUAAAAACGUACCUUUUUCCAGCGCUGGGCGGGGAGCUCUCCUCCUUCUCUCCUCCUCCGUUCCUCCUCCUGGGCUGAAUGCGCACGCGCGGCAAGAGCUGCGCGCGCAUUCAGCCCGUCGCAUAGAAAAGCAUUUACAAUGCUUUCCUAUGGACGCUUGCGUGCUCUCACUGUGAAAAUCACAGUGAGAAGCACGCAAGCGCCUCUAGUGGCUGUCAAUGAGACAGCUACUAGAGGAUUAGGGGGAAGGCUUAACCCAUUCAUAAUUAUAGCAGUUUCUCUGAAACUGCUAUAAUUAUGAAAAAAUGGGUUAACCCUAGAAGGACCUGGCACCCAGACCACUUCAUUAAGCUGAAGUGGUCUGGGUGCCUAGAGUGGUCCUUUAAGGAAUGUUCCUGGCUGCAUUUAUAACACUGGCUACACUUAAUAUGUAAAUGGCCAUAGUUGAAUUUCACAUUUCUUUUUUUCAUGUUAUAUUGUUUUAGAAAAUAAUAAAUAAAUAUAUUAAAAUUGAAAUCACUUUCCCAUUAGACAUAAAAGAGUCUUUGAUCAUUUGAUCCAUUUUAGCAUCAAACAAUCAAAGAUUGGAGAGUAUGAUAGUACACCAAAUGUAAGGAAGAAGGCACUAUUGCUAGGUAGAUAUAAAAGUUUUGAAGAUUGGGUGCUGGGGAAGCUGCUACCAACGUAGAGAGGGCGCUGGUGCAAAGCAGUUUUGGGCCCCUGAAAACACAUGCCCAUCAGGUGGCCCUAAUUGCACAGGCAUAAUUGUAAUGACAUCCAUGCCUGGUCCCUUUUUGACAAUGUCUUUAAAGGGAAGGGGCAUAGUCAUUAUCACAUAAAGCCAGGGUGAAUAGCAUUUUCACAACUAUGGUGUAAGGAAUACAUGUUUAUAUUCCUGACACUAUAGUGUUCCUUUAACCCCUUAAGGACCAAACUUCUGGAAUAAAAGGGAAUCAUGACAUGUCAUGUGUCCUUAAGGGGUUAAGCAAAUUAAAGGAACAUUUUGGUCACCACAACAACUUUAUCUAAAUGAAAAUGCUAUGAUGCCAGGAAGCCCCUGGGUGCCCUCUUCCCUUUAAGGGGUUAAACUGCUCUCAAAUGGUUUAACCCUAAAGGUUCCUCUAGCUCCAGAUCUCCAGGUCGCUCAGUGGUAUUCAGCUUCUGAAAUGGAGUGUCAGGAAGUGCAGAUUGACGUCAGGCACGAGUGCUGCAGAUUGGCUAGAGUGGCCAAUUGACGCUCUAAGCCAAACGCUAGUUCCCGGUUCAUAAAAAUGUUUAACUUUUUUAAGAAUGGGGAGUUACUGAUUGGCUUAGAGUGCCAGCUGACUGCUCUAGCCAAUCAGCGACACUCCUACCCAGCAGCACUCUGUGCUUCCUGACACUCAGUAAAUAAAAGUGAACACAUUAACACUGAUAUUCUUUUUUACCUGGGGAGAUGAGAAGGUUCAAAGUUUCCCUGCCAGGCCCAGGUACCAAAGCCUUAUGAUGUGGUGUCCAGAAUAAAGUGGAGGGUUCACUUCACUUGUCCUUACUGCUCCAAUCUCCUUUUCUACUCCUUCAUUUGACACAGUCUUCUUUUUCUUCUGACACCGUCUUCUCUUCUCUCCUCCUUGGCUCCUUCUGCUCCUUUACCUUUCUGCUACUUUCUGCUUAUUUUGCGCCCUUCAGCUCCUUUCUCUUUCUGGUCCCUUUCUGCUCCUUCUCCUGCUUUAUCGUUUGCUCCUUGCUGUCUCUUCCUGCUCCUUGCUAUCCUUUUCUGCUCCUUCUCCUACUUUAUCUUUGUGCUCCUUCUAAUUCUUUCUGCUCCUUUACCUUUGUGCUCCUUCUGUCCCUUUCUGCUCUUUGCAAACCCUUCCUUCUCUUUGCAGAACCUUCCUACUCAUUGCUGCCCCAUGCAGACCCUUCCUGCUCCUUUCAGCCCCUUCCUGCUCCUUGUGGGACCUUCCUGCUCAUUGCUGACCCUUCCUGCUCAUUGCUGACUCUUCCUGAUAAUUUCUGCUCCUUCUCCUACUUUACGUUUGUGCUCCUUCUGCCCCUUCCAGCUCAUUGCUGACCCUUUCUGCUCCUUGUUGUCCCUUCUCAUUUCUGUUUCUUCUUCUUUCUGCUCCUUCUCUUACUUUACCUUCCUGCUCCUAGCUGAUCCUUCCUGUAGGUUGUCUCCCCCAUCCCUCACUUACCUGAUCUAUAGGCUGUUUCCUCCCCUCAUCCCUCACUUCCCUGAUCUGCAGGCUGCCCCCUCCCCUCUCUCUCACUUCCUUGAUCUGUAGGCUGCCCCCUCACCCCUCCCUCACUUCCCUGAUCUGUAGGCUACCCCGCCAUGCCUCAAUUCCCUGAUCUGUAGGCUGCCCCCCGCCAUGCCUCACUUCCCUGAUCUGUAGGCUGCCACCGCCAUGCCUCACUUCCCUGAUCUAUAGACUAUCUCCCCCCCAUGCCUCACUUACCUGAUCUGUAGGCUGCCCCCCACCAUGCCUCACUUCCCUGAUCUAUAGGCUAUCUCUCCCCCCCAUGCCUUACAUACCUGAUCUGUAGGCUGCCCCCCAUCCCACACUUCCCUGAUCUGUAGACUGCCUCUGCAGUCUGAGAGUUGCUAACUGCAUGUGCUGCUACCCUGCGGAUUCAGUCAGGAGAGAGAAGCAGGGAUAAGCUGUAGCCCUGUCUCUCUCUAUAUACUACUGACCGGCACUGGUAUUGCACUGUAUUUUCAAUCUCACACGAAAAACAGCAGAACAAAAUGAACACAAACUGGAAAACCUUUUGAGGAGAUGCAAGAUAAUUUCCCAUGGUGUUUAGAAGGGGCUGUGGUGAAGUGUCUGUAUAUAGGAGUCUGUUUAUGCUGCACUAUAUGUAACUAUGGGCUGUAGUGUGAGCACAUGCUCAUGUAUAGGAGCUUUUGAGAUUGUGUGUGUUGAAAGGGCCUGUUAAGUGUGUGCCUGUGCAUCUAGGGGCUGCAUUGUGAGUGUAUGUGUAUUGGGGUUGCAAUGUGUGCUUAUCAAGUAGCUGUAGUUAUUAUAUAUACGUAUACAAGAUUCGGUGCCUAAUGGGGUGAAUCAUGUAUGUUUGUAUGUGUGUGUGGGGGUAAAGGUUUGUGGGGAAGAAGUGUGUGUGUGGGUGAAGAGAUGAUGUGUGUGAGGGGUGCACUGUGUGUGUAUGCAAAGGUGUACUCUGUGUUGGUGGGAGUGUACUGCAUGCGGGGGGUUCACUGUCUGUGAGGGUGUACUGUGUUCAGAGGGGUGUAGAGAGUGGGAUAGGGAAAAAGCUUUACAAUUUUUACUUUAAUAAUAGAUUUUUUCUUUUUCUUAAAUUAAAAAACAAUAUUCCCCUUUUCCUGAUCUUACCUUGCAGGGAGGGGGUGGCACAAUUAGAUCCAUCGUGGUUGAGAAGGCUGCCUAUCCAUCGGGUGCAGGAGAGGUCACGAGAUGAGAGGUAUCCCAUACACACACACACACACACACACACAGACCCAUACACACACAGGCUGCCCACAACACAGACUGACCCAUACAAACACACACAGACUGCUCCCCAACACAGACUGACCCAUACAUACACAGACUGACCUCCCCCCCCACACACACAGACUGACCCAUACAUACACAGACUGACCUCCCACACAGACUGACCCAUACACAUCCCCCCCACACACACAGAUCCAUGGUGGUUGAGAAGACUGCCUAUCCAUCGGGUACAGGGGAAGUCACGAGAUGAGAGGUAUCUCCCUUUGAUCUCAAGCACUUACACAGACUGACCCAUACAAACCCACAGACUGACCCAUACAAACCCACACACAGACCCACACACACACAGACUGACCCAUACAUACACACAGACUGCUCCCCCACGCAGACUGACCCAUACAUACACAGACUUAGUCCCCCACAUUCAGAUUGACCCCCCCCACAUACAGAGACUGAACCACACACACGCACAGACACCACUCCCCCCCACCACACACACAGACUGAAACACACAAAUUGACUCACACUUACCAGCAGUUGCCUGUAUGCCUCUGUUCCUCUCCCUGUCUCUCCCCUGCGCUGCUCUCUGUGACCCAGGCGCAAGUCCUCCCAGCACAGUGCCCCCUCUGGCCCACAGUUACAGUGCUGCUCCCAGCUUCAACGUCAAUUGGGGGGGCACAAAGGGAGCACUGCACGUUGUAGGGGGGCCAAGGCCAAGACCCCCCCAAGCUACUGUAGAUCACUUAGUGUGUGUUUUAGUGAAUGUGGUUGUAGCGGAUGGCACCAGGCGAUCCUACAAAUAUACUGUACAUAACUGCAUUCGUGUAUCUGCUGUGUUUUAUAUGUGUUAAAAAGAAUUGUAUUCCUCUGAUUGUUCGGUAGUGUCAUUCCCUUAGUUUAUUCGAAUGAAACUACCGAACAACCAGACCUCCCCUGUGUGAAGUGUGUCCUCAAUUACCCGUUGCAACAUUGUUGCCAAUGGGUAAUUGAAUAGUAAGUAGCAAACGAACACGUAGCGGCGGCCAUUUUAAAACUCCCGAACAGCGGUGUUUUGCCGUUGAGUGUCUGGAACUAAAAUCGGACACUCGAGUAGGCGAACACCGCUGAGACCUCCACAAACCUGGUCCGUUCGGUUCCAAACUACCGAACGGCCCCUCGUUCGGUAGAUAGAAAAUACCGAACGAGGGGAUUCAGGCGAACCCUCCCUAGCCUCUAUAGCUAGAGGCUUUCGUGUAUUUUGUUCCCUUAUGCCAGGACCGACCGCAGGGCCCAUUCGCAUGGAACCUUAUUCGGCUAUCUCAGUUAGUGCGGUCGGUCAUUUUAUUCCCUCCAUACAUUUCCCGAACCCCUGGUCUGAUCUGGGUGAUUUUUGGAUAUGUUGUUCACCCAGAUCAGGGGUAUCCGGGGAUGUAGGAUUUAAAGAGGUACCCCUACGUUUAGGGGUACAUCCAGAAACGGGGGGAAUUACUGUACUGGAUAAGGGGAUUAUGAUGCUGGCUGAGGGGAGGAGAUGUGUGGGAGGUUACCAGGACAGGAUUGGCUACUGUAAUAAUUACUGUAAAUCCCUCCCUUGCAUGGGAGCAUGCUUUAUAAAUGUCACGGUUCUCACCUGAUAGACAGACGGCAAGACGUGGUCGCUCUUGGAGUUCCCAACAGGGGACUUGAACCAGGGAUCUUCUCAGUCCUGGUCCUGCUUUCUACCUCUGAGCCACAGCAGCUAUUUACAGUGAAGACUGAUUCCAGUCCUGUUCAUCCUGACAUGGCUACUACUCUGGGGGCUGCACCUUGACUUGGCUGUGUUUCACCUGACUCUGAUCAGUCAUCAGCAGGGUAUAUAAACCCAGCCUCGCCCUGUGCUCAGGGUCAAGUCUUUGAUCCUGUUUGUUCCAGUGUUCCUGUUUCAUCGCUUCGCAUUAUUGACCCCGGCUUCCUGACUCGUUUAUUCUGACUUCUGGCAUCCCUUGACUUCGGCUACUCCUCGUUGUUCCUGUCCUCUGGCAUCCUUUGACCUCGGCUAUCCCUCGACCAUCCUGCUGGUUCAGUCCUUGCCUGCCCUGCGUAUUGGUAUUGCAUCCUGCACAGCCCCCGUGCACAGACCCACAGGCCAGGUGAAUUCUUACCUGACCACCUCGGCCUGUGGCUAUCUGCAAGGGUGAGCAUCAUAUCUGCGCUACAGACUCCCAACUCAGGUAAGACCCUGACUUAAGGACUUGACCAUUAUGGAGUCCGCAGAGAUGUGCUCACCCUCGACCCAGCGUGUGUCCAGCCUGGCCCAGACUGUUUCGGAGCUGCAGCAAGAAAUUUUAUUCCUUAAAGGCGCAGUACAUCCAGCCCCGGAACCAGCUUUUCCUGAACCGUUUGUCAUCAUGCCCGACCGAUUUGAUGGUAGCCGCACAUCCUUUCAGUCUUUCAAGAUGGAUUGUGAGGUGUUGUUUUCCUUAAAGCCUCGAACUUAUGCCACAGAAUUCAUCAGGGUCAGAGCGGCUAUCAACCUGUUGUCUGGACGCAUCAAAGUUUGGGCUCACCAAAUGUUGCAGACGAAGAGUCCUGUCCUGGUCAGCUGGGAAUCCUUUAGUACUGCUAUGGACUCACAAUGUAAGACCACUGUGGCCAAGUCAGCUCCGCGUACUAAAAAAUCUCAGACUCUUCCUAACCUAGAAACCGAGUACCACCACUACGCCCCAGAAAUGCCUCCUUAUGUUCCAGCUCCCAGGAAAACUCCAGAGGUAUCCGGUGUUCCACUUGACCCUGUGGAACCUAUGCAAUUAGGACUCGUCCACUGCAAGGUGACACCUAAGGAAAAAGACCGAAGGAGAAGCUAUGGCCUAUGUUAUUACUGUGGAGAAAAAGGGCACUUCAUCACGCUUUGUCCUGUUCGCCCUCCUAGACCUCCAGCUCUCCGACUUGGUACUAGUUUCCUUCGCCCUGUGUACACCACAUACCAGCCUAAAAAGCCAAAUAGAAGCCGUUGUGCUUGCACAUGCUUGGCUUCCGCGAGAAAACCUCCAUCCCCUGCUCCAGAGCCUCCUGCAUCUACUCCCGAAGUUGCUUCCUGUGAUACCACCACUACUUCCUGCCCGCCCGAAGAGGUUUUACCUGUGGAUUGUGCCGUUGCUUCUAAUGGCACUAUAGUCCGUAAAGAAAACCUUGAAAUGUUCGAAAAAGCAUUGUUAGCUGCGAACACUGCUCCUGCCAAAGUUUUGGAAGUGCUUGCCACCUGUACCCGGAACCUAAAAGACCUGGACAAUUCUCCAGCUGUACCAGAAGCUGGUACUGCGGACUCCCAAGCUGUAAAGGGAAUCCUUGCUGGGGAGUUUGACUAUGGGGACUCACUGGAUUCAGAUAGUGACCCUGGAGAGGUGUACUAUGCUGACAAUGAACCCAUUCACACCCGGAGGUCGUUUUUAAAGGGGGGGGUACUGUCACGGUUCUCACCUGAUAGACAGACGGCAAGACGUGGUCGCUCUUGGAGUUCCCAACAGGGGACUUGAACCGGGGAUCUUCUCAGUCCUGGUCCUGUUUUCUACCUCUGAGCCACAGCAGCUAUUUACAGUGAAGACUGAUUCCAGUCCUGUUCAUCCUGACAUGGCUACUACUCUGGGGGCUGCACCUUGACUUGGCUGUGUUUCACCUGACUCUGAUCAGUCAUCAGCAGGGUAUAUAACCCAGCCUCGCCCUGUGCUCAGUGUCAAGUCCUUGAUCCUGUUUGUUCCAGUGUUCCUGUUUCAUCGCUUCGCAUUAUUGACCCCGGCUUCCUGACUCGUUUAUUCUGACUUCUGGCAUCCCUUGACUUCGGCUACUCCUCGCUGUUCCUGUCCUCUGGCAUCCUUUGACCUCGGCUAUCCCUCGACCAUCCUGCUGGUUCAGUCCUUGCCUGUCCUGCGUAUUGGUACUGCAUCCUGCACAGCCCCCGUGCACAGACCCACAGGCCAGGUGAAUUCUUACCUGACCACCUCGGCCUGUGGCUAUCUGCAAGGGUGAGCAUCAUAUCUGCGCUACAGACUCCCAACUCAGGUAAGACCCUGACAAUAAGGAGACUGUGGAUUAAAGCUUUCAGUUCUGCUCCUGAAACUGUGUGUCGUCCAGUUAUUGGGAUUGCUGUUGGGAUAUUGCUGUUAUUUUACCUGCUGGAAACCUUGCCUGUGGAUUUACUAUUUACUUGUUCCUGAGCCUCACUUGGAUUAUAAGCGGAGAUAACCUGGGUAAUAUUGCAUCUCCGCUACAGUGGUGUGUGUGUUUGCAUACAGGGAAUCUAGUGUGUGCAAUGGUGGAUCCAGAUUGUGUAUAGAGGAUGAAGUGUAUAUGUCAGGAAUAUAGUGUGUGCAUGAGCAGUGUGGUAUAGGGUCUGUAUUGUGCUUGUGGUUGGGUGAGAUGGAGAGAUAGAUAGCAUAGUGCCAACACUACAUGCUCUGAUCUCCCUUGUCGACUAGCCUAAUGGCUAGCUUUGGUCUCUUAGUGAGGGCACUCCCUAAUUUCAUAAUCUUUUGGUCUUCCUGUUAUCAUAUGCCUGUUUUCCUUCCUCUCCUUAUCCCUCUAAUCUGCCCUUUUAUUACUGUUACCAAGUCAUUUUAUCCUUCUCUUUCACACUUCACUUUUUUCAUUUGGUAGUUAACCUCAGUAUGUCCCUGCUAUUUUCUCAGUUCUUUCCUUCACCUGAGUACCUGAACUCUGAUAUCUUUUUACUCUUUUCUGAAUGUACUCAUCUUUUCUCCAGUUUCUCUAUAUAAGUGUUAAAAGUAUUGCUAAAAUUAAUUCUGUUUUGAAGGUUGUUUGGAUAAAAAUGGCGUGCUCCAUGAAUUUAAUACUCGGUGGAAGACGAAAAAUUGCUUUGACUGCAGUUGUGAUACUGAGGAGAUGUCCUGCUGCAAAGUGUAAGUUGCAAUAAUUCCUUAUGAUUUAGUUAGACCAGAGUGUUUACACAUGUGGGAUAUCCACUGAGGGACUACACAAAUUUCUUGUUUGCUCCUUCAUGCUAUUGUAAAGAGCAUACAUCAUGGCUGAAUGUGAGGAUUUAAGGGUUGUAUGUCACUUGGAUUGGGAUGUAUGAUUGUAAUGUAAGUGUCAUAUACUAUAACCUGAUGUGAGCUGUGUAAUAAUGUCAGAGCUAAUGUUUGCAGCAAAGUAGGAAUUCUUACCCAGGAACCCCAAAAAAGAACACCUUUUGCACAAUCGCAUUCCUUCUGGGGAAUUAUGGCUGAAUAUCACGGUAAUGUAAAAUCUCUAGAAUCAAAAAAAAUCUUCUCUAAAUAAAUGAACCACUAGAGGAAUCAUCUACUGAACAAUACUCUGAAAAACUGAUCACCAAAAAACCUUUCCCAAUACUAUCACAAUAAAAACCACAGACACGGUUUAGCGAAAUAAAGAGAGGGAAAAAAACAAUAACAAAACAAAAGGGAAAUUGCAAAUAUCACAACAAAGUGGACAACAAAAGAAUUAACACUUUAUUGACAAUAAAAAAUAAAUAAAAAAGAUCUGUAAAAUGACGCAUAAAUAUCUAUAAUAAAUGCAGUAUAAAGAGCACAAACUGUUAUGGAUCAUUUUUAGCACCAUGUAAAAGUAUCAAUGGACUUGAUACACCAAUAAAACUAAACAUCAGUCCCCAAAAUAAAAAAUAUGUAUCCGAAUUCUCAAAUGGUGUGAAGCAGAUCCCCUAACAUGGACAAGAUAAAAAAUUUCCGUCUUUGUGACGGACUGCCUGGCACUCCGACCGAGUGCCUCCACCAAUUGAUGCUCCUAGUGCUCACUGAGAAAUUUCAGCACUCCACCAGACACCAUAAACACUGCAGACCCCACUUCCAGUGAUGCAGCUGUGCCGGGGUCUUGCCGUCCUUCACCCACCCUGGACCCAAGACCGGGAUCCAGCUUCCAGAGGGCAGAUCUCUCCUACUCCCAGAAACCAUAGCAGGAACAGCUCUUAUAAGAGCUAGUGAUUAUAAUUCCUGGGGAGUAUAGUGAUAUAUCAAUCUCCAGGAUAGAUACAGCCGUUUCCCCCACUCAUGAGAUGAGACUAUGUUGAGGGUAAGCAGGAACAGAAUUUUAAUGGAGGCACACUGGCCUUUUAUGCAAGUUUCCCAACAAGGGUGACACCCAGGUGGACCUUGUUGGGCACCGGGACACUAAGUGAAUAAACCAAUAAAAACAGAGUCAUACAGUCAGACACUCCCAUACACAAACAAUAGAAUCCUCCUCUGUGCUUGGGAAAUAAUUGAAUCAGGAACUGUACUAAUUUAACCCAAUUAUCUCCAAACACAGAAAAACAUAAAAUUUUAUGAAACCCCAAAAAGUACUUUAAAACCACAAAAAAUAACAAGGGGUGAACAACAUAUCCAAAAAUCACCCAGAUCGGUUCAGGGGUUCAGGAAUUCUCCUGGAAUUCAUAGUUUUGACCGACCGUGCACAUGGUCCUAUGCCCAAAACAGUUCCAGGGAAAUCAAUGCUAACAGUAGGUCAUGUUCGGUAGUCUUUUACAUUUUUCCAUGCAGGGCCCAUAGUACAAGUGGAGAGGUUACUUUCACCAAAGUCUUUAAUUUAAUACAAAAUGUGAAUCAAUACAGGCAAUACUCCUUGCACAGUGCAAAGUUGCUUUAAAUCAAUAGAUCAGAAGACAAGGUUAUUCCGAUACCUUAAAGGAAUUGAAUAGGUAAAACAAUGCAUAUCCUUUUGUCCCCCCAACAGUAAACCUACUGUCACAAAAUGCUUUUUCCCCCCUAAAUAGUGUAAAAUGCCAAUUUUCAGAAAUCCAAAUCACUUUGGAGCUUCGGCACCUCCGAACUACCGAACUUCGUCACUUCAGAACUUUGGCAUGGAAUCCACACUAAUGUACAUACAGAACAAAAUGAAUUGCACAUGUCUAAGGCAGUAUAGCUGCCCAUUCUUCUUGACAAAAUGUCUCAACAACCACACUGUCUUUCUCCAGAGCAGCCUGCAUUUCCCCUGAGGAUACCUGUGUUUUGUUUUUUUUUGUAUCCCAAACAAUUCUUCUGGCAGUUGUGGCUGAAAUCUUUCUCAGUCUACCCUUGACCUUGGCUUGGUAUCAAGAGAUCCCCAAAUCUUCCACUUCUUACUAAGUGAUUUAACAGUAGUAACUGGUAUUUUCAAGGAUUUUGAUAUCUUUUUGUAUCUUUUUCCAUCUUUAUAAAGUUCCAUUAACUUGUUACGCAGGUCUUUUGACAGUUCUUUUCUGCUACCCAUGGCUCAGUAUCUAGCCUGCUCAGUGCAUCCACGUGAAAGCUAUCCAACUUAUUGACUAUUAAUACACAGAAACGAAUUGCCAUUUAAAAAUACACAGGUGUCGGAAAUUAACCUUUAAUUGCCAUUUUAACCUGUGUGUCAUCUUAUAUGUCUGUAACAAUGCCAAACAUCCAAGUGUAUGUAAACUUUUGAUUGGGCCCAUUUGGCUCCUAUUUAAAAUCAUAAUGAUAAUAGAACUCACCCAAACAACUAUGUGAUAAUAAACGGCUUCAUAUGAUCACUAUCCUUGAAUAAAAUAAUGUUUUAUGCAUAAUCAGUUAUAUUUUCAAAAUCAAUGCCAAAAUUUCACAAUUUCUGUCAGGGUAUGCAAACUUUUGAGCACAACUGUAUAAUACUGUUGAAAUUAUAAUGGGUUUCACAUACUACUACAAUGUUGAAUCAGCUCACCCAAAUCUUAUUGCAGCUUGCUUACAGUUCUUUCUCACCCAGAGUGGCUUGGCUCUCUCCAUAUUAUAACAAUUUUCUGUACUACUGUACUGGCUCAGUAAUAAAGCCUCCAGGCCCCAGCCAGGCUACUUUCAACUUUACUGUUCAAGGACUCCAUGAGGUAGGUCUGGGGACAUAAGGCUUAACGUUUGCACGCCAGAAUUCAAGUGGACAAUGGCAUCUAGCCGCCAUACACCUCCUAGGUCUCCACACCCUCAACGUGAGUGUAGGCGCAUCCCGUAGCUUGUAUCCAAGAUCAUUGCUCCACCCCAUUGGCUCUGUUUUGUUCAAGCAUGGAAUUAUUUAUUAUUGCACAGCUGCAGAGUAAAUGUUGUAGUUCAGGUCAUGUGAAUAUCCAAGUUGACACAUUCUAACUAGUAUCUUUUACAAUGAUAACCUUUUACCUGAAUCUUUCCCAACUGUGCUGCUCCAACACAAUAAAACAUGCAAUCAAAAUUCCAAUUAUCUGUGUAAUUCCACCUUCUUGAGUAAUAUACGAUUUCCACCCUGUGACUGUAAAUAUGUUAAAAGCUUUCCCUCCCUGCACUUUGGUAACCCAUCUUGUUUCCUUCUCUGCAACUAUGUCAUUUAAAAACUACACAUUCUAAACUAUUCUAGCAAUCUACUUUUCCUGUAAAUUAAAAACACCCUACUCUUACCUCUUGAGUCACUUUACCCCACUCCCUCUAGAAUGUAACCUUGUUUGAACAGGGCCCCCAACACCCUCUGUUUUAUUUAUGAAAGUUUGCUUGUUUUUAAGUUUCUGCUGUGUCCGUAGUAGACACAUCAUGUUAGAGCAAUCAUUACUGUUUCAUUUCUAUUGUUGUGUCAGGAAAUAUUUAUAAAAAUAAUACGUUUGUGAAUAUGCUUCUAGAUAUUGAAUACACCAUUGCAAAAGGCCACAUGAGUACUGGAUUCAUGCAUGCAUUUUGCUUUUUUUAAUUUUAAGUAAUGUUUAAUUUGGGGUUUAAAUUUCAAUAGGGGCAAAUAUAAGCCAGCUAACAGUCGCUAUGUAUAGAUACAUAUGUGAAAGAGUGAUAAAUAUGAUAGAGAUAAGUAAUAAUAGAAAAUGUAGGUUAGUGGGUUCAUGACACACAAUUAAAAAAAGUAGUUUGAAUAUAUCUCACUUUCGAAUUAUUCUAUUCCUAUUAUGUUCCAGUUAUGGUAGACCUGCCAACUAUGACCAGAGCAAAUGCUUUGUCAAGUAUGAUAAGCAUGCUUGCACCGUGGAAGUACUACAAAAGGAGGAUCCUACAAAGUUGUGCGAGCGCUAUGGAAUGGCUGGCUAACGAUGAGGUCAGCAUGAUCCAGAACAAGCCUUCUCUGAAUCUAUUAGACUUUCAUGAUUAAAGCUGUAUUGAAUACCUUUGUUGAUUAAUAAAACAGCCAUGUUGAGUGCUAAAGUCACAAUUAAUAUAAAUAUUAAAGUUCAAAAUAUAGAGUAAAACUUCCCUUUUUGUGAUUAUUUUAUUUUUUGGGGCAGAAUUUCCACAUACCAUUCUCUACUGAUUAACAUGUGUUCAGGGGAGGUGUGGACGUGAUGACAUGAGACGCAACACGUGCAGGAGUUGGGUGUGUCCGGAGGAAUGGUGAUCAGGCAGAAGUGCGU